AAAGGCUGAUUUGUCUCUUCCUCCUCAGUUUGCAUAUAAAGAGAUAGAUCUAUCUUAUAUUUAAUGAGCUGGUGUCAUUUUGCUUCGAUCUCCUCUACACAUUCAAGUCAAGAAGAAGAUGCAAAUCAGUAGGUUGGCCCUGGUGCUGCUUCUGCAAAUCAGCAUCGGCACUGCAGAAGAAGUCCAUCCAGAGGUCCUGAGGAAGCUCGUCAAGGACUUCCUCAUUACAAACUACCAGAGAUCUGGCUUUCUAAACCAGAUGAGCUUUAUGAUUGGCCUGAGCCCGGAACAGUGCAGGGAUGCAAGCGGAGUCAGGUACUAUAUGGAUGGAAAGAAUGAGCCUAUCCCCAACAUUGCAACCUCAGUAAAAGAUUUCAACACUGCAAACACAGCCAACUACAUGGCUGUCCUGCCAGAUCCACAUCAGAAAUGUUCUGAAUUUAAAAUGCUGAGGCAGCCAGAAAGUGGAUGGGACGUGGCGGCAGGGCAGCAGUCCAGGGAAAUGACCGGGGCUGAGUGGCUGGGAGGGAAGUUGCAGCAGACUCUUCAAGGUGGAGGAUGUGUGGUAUUCUACACCACCAACAGUCCCUGCUUGAAAUACUGUUUUAACGACACAAGUGACCGAAGGAUUGACAAGCCCCUCUCUGAGGACCCCUUUCGAUCCUGGAAGGACAGACAAAAUGUUGCCUUGUACUUUGUGUAUACCCAGACCUACAAGAAUGAUGAGGAGUGCAUGGAGAGUGUCCAACAAGGGUUUAGUAACUUGGCCAACAUGGACUUCCAUAUUUGGAACUGUCCUUAUGAAGUGCAGAAGAUUUGUCCUGAGUGCAAAGCCAUGACCUCAUGCAACACCUGCAAGGACAAGACGACCUGGUGCAACAAUUGCAAAGAAAGGAUGAGACGGUGCAGAGACUGCCAAGUAGCCGGCUAUGACAAGGCAUGUCAAACUUGUGCAGAAUUUGAGAAAGAUUGCCCGACGUGCAACAGGAUCCCCAAAGAAAAACAAAUAAAAUGUAAAGACUGCUAUGCUCGUAGGCAAAAUUGUGAGGAAUGCAAAACCAUGAGAGUGUACUGUGAAACCUGUGUGAAGACUCAAACGGAGUGUUUCGAGUGCGAGAAAACCAGGGACCGUGCCUGUGAGGACUGUCGGAACCGUCACCUCGAGUGCGACAGCUGCCUGAGCACACGCAUCAAGUGCCAGGUGAAGAACUACAAAUGAUCACGGAAUACACUGGACAUGAAAUCAGGGUGGAAAAUGUUGAGUUUUGGCAUUAUGUUUUCAAUUCUAAAGCUUUGAAUUGGCUUGUUUUAGUGAGAAUGCCUGUGAAAUCUGAGCAAAAUAUUUUGAUUUCGAGUUUAUGAUACAUACAAUUAUGCUAUAAAACAAUCUAUAUGUAGAAAACUAAUAUUAGAGGGAAAAAAAGAUGAAUGUAUUCACUUUUUUAUUAUAAUUUUGUUAAUUAAUAACAAAAUAGAAUUCCUGUUCAUUAAAAUGAUUAAAGCUCCU